AUGCCAGCUGGUAACUUCAGAUUCAAAGUACGUCCCAAGAAGGACCAAAUAAUCGUACCUUGUUCAGUGGAGUUAUCAUCCCUCUUAGCAUGUUUCGCGACUACUGGAGAUCUGAGACAUACGACAACAUGUGCUGAAUCAGCUAAAGCUCUACAAACCUGCAUGAGUAGUAGACAUGCUCAAGGUGGUAAAAGCAAGAGCUCAAUCAACCAUCUUCUCGGAAAGAUCAGACGAUAG